AUGAAUAAACCUGAUACAUUUACACCUAAAGAUCUACUUGAUUAUGUAAAAUCCGUAGUAAGAGUGUCAACCAGAGAUAAUAGAGACUCGGGUUCUAACUACGCCUGGUUGCGUUCAAGACAUUUAAGUGUUGCAGAAGACAACGCAUUGGACAAAUAUGAGAGUUUAGUAAACAAAUUGUCACCAGAAAGCUGCACAGCCAUUGCUGUCAAACUUGAUACAUUGACAGAAGGCACGCAAAUGUCAUCGGAUGAUGUUAUCAAGAUGUUCGAGAAGCUGCUAGAAGAACAAGAGAGUAUACAACUGCUACAGCUCGUGGACAAAGGGGGAAAGAAACUUCCAGCAAGGCAUGGCAAACGACGAGCUACUAUUGCUUUUAUUUCUUACUAA